AUGCACAAAGCCAAAUGCCUCCUGAAUUUGGAACAGGGUGAAGUGGACCCACAGAAACAUUACAAGCCAGGAGAUUAUUUCAUUAGCGUCAUAGUCUCUGCAAUGAAGGCUGCAUUUCAACCUUUAAGCUUCAAUAGAAGUCCUUCAACAGCUUUCUCCAAAAAGACACCCAAAUUUUAUUGGAAAUUUGCACCUUUCCUAUUUGCCAUCGAGGAUGUCAACCAGAAUAGCCAUCUCUUACCGAACAUUACCCUGGGUUAUAAUAUCUAUGAAAAUUUCUUCAAGGCAGAGAUAACUUCAGAGGCUUUGCUGGACCUGCUUUCAGAUGGGGAGGCUAAUGUCCCCAACUACAAGUGUGGGAGGCAGAGAAACACAGUAGCUGUUCUGGAAGAAGCUGAGACUGGCAUCUCCAUCCAGAUUUCUACCAUGUUGGGCACUUACAAAAUCCCACAGGAUGCCUUUUCAGUGAAAGUUUGGAGACGGUGCAGACAGAGAGAAGAACUGGAGUCUCUGAGGAAAGAGGAGAUCGACGAGAUCCUGGCUCUGGACAGCUACCUCAUUUCCAACACCAUCUGGGCUUUGGGAAGUUCCUUAAAUUCAGUUCAUGUAUCCACAUUCAAGAGAUCAGUGAGGAACAGGGGGGUGAAGGUGGAAACUCCAAGAGUGAAGGCAUGGCAGCUUCAUUCCUUCCUUCAAGACUCUCAGUUUCACAAUAAUUCCAUAGCUGGGAUAUAUUUGGAUGAAAAGGGAGAUCUGACAGCUGACCUGGACAUUGUGAACUGGGUCGUUUUCCCAAACAAAUCUGUCAAGAGAAUUAAAUCUGGGAGUCUAGAAAAACUGACAUCCCAGGAUUUGAAAUUUUCCAUUGACCAGAAGAGUAUCACACAGUUGGAAAUGCUGAAUAAGCCCCUGCCUCCUUCCAGGUGUGUGGAAAGCUGCCCUCCUGGAUCCAUGAAGGUGCCACAGGAAGGGAGGCCCAUCUGCUGCUAUGACUGUCAUCCUUGUGCAGAAGGAACCAUCUCCACCAUGGAAGAUGCUGAAAAAUGUACAAAAUGUCCAGCAAGUCAGUAUCCAAACAUCAACAGAGAUAAAUGUAUAUCUAAGGUUGAAACUUUCCUUUCCUAUCAAGAAAAUUUGGGGAUCAUCCUAGUUUCUCUUGCCUUAUUCCUAUCUUUGGUAACAGGAUUAGUCUUGGGAAUCUUCAUGAAAUUCCAAGAAACUCCCAUAGUCAAAGCCAACAACCGGGAUCUCUCCUACAUCCUCCUCAUCACCAUCCUGCUUUGUUUCUUGACCUCCUUCCUGUUCAUUGGCCGGCCAAUGAGAGCCACCUGUCUUCUCCGACAACCCGCCUUCAGCAAUAUCUUCUCACUUGCCAUUUCUACUGUCUUAGCCAAAACAGUCACUGUGGUGUUAGCCUUCUUGGCCACAAAACCUGGGAGUAAAGUGCAGAGAUGGCUGGGGAAGAGCCUGGCCAACUCCAUCAUCUUUUCUUGUUCAGGUGUCCAAGUUGUUGUCUGCAGCAUCUGGCUGGGCAUUUCACCCCCAUUUCCUGAUUUGGACACAUACUCGCAGUCCGGGGAGAUCAUUCUUCAAUGUAAUGAAGGUUCUGUUGCCAUGUUUUACCUUGCUCUGGGCUACAUGGGCUUCCUUGCUGUCAUCUGCUUCAUGGUGGCUUUCUUUGCCAGGAAUCUACCUGGAGCUUUCAAUGAAGCCAAGCUCAUCACCUUCAGCAUGCUGGUCUUCUGCAGUGUCUGGGUUUCCUUUGUACCCACCUAUCUUAGCACCAAGGGGAAGUAUAUGGUGGCUGUGCAGAUCUUCUCCAUCUUGGCCUCCAGUGCUAGCCUGUUAGCCUUCAUUUUUAUUCCCAAAUCUUACAUUAUUUUCUUAAGACCUGAUCUGAAUACAAAGGAACAUUUGAUGUCAAAAUAAAAUAGAAAUUAAAUUAUUAUAUAUGAGGCACUGUCUGAUGGGGGUAAGAAGACUUCAUCUCCAUCCCAUCCAUCCCUUAGCUCUCUUAGUAUGGUUUUAGUAUAGUUUUUAAUAAUAUUCUAAUUCUGUGUUGUUUUAAUCUUUUUAAACUAUUUUUUUAUGGUUUUAUAACCUGUAAGCCACCCAGAGUCAACUUGUAUGGGAGAUGGACUGCAUAAAAUGUAACGAGUAAAUAAAGUCAGAUAGAAGUGAUGAAAUUUCAAGAAAUUCUGAUGUGUAUAUGUGGUUUUAAAAAAAUAAAAACAACU